AUGCUGACAGUCAACGGAAGCAUGCAGGGAGUUUGUCUCUUAAAGCAACAUUUCAUAUCAUGCAGUAUACGAUAUGGUACGAGCGUGUUGUUAUCAACUUUAUCAAAACCUCUUUCAUUACUCAUUGGGCUAUGUACAAGCCGAGACCUGACAUAAACAGCUGGCAGCGUACUCGCCGACUUUCCUGUCUGUGAAUGUACAAUAGUGUCAGUCCGUCUGUCAUCCGGCCGCGACGAGUGUUUCUUCUGCAUUAUGACUGAAAUGAACGGGAUCGUGCAUUACGCUCUGAUAGCCCUCUGGGAGAAAUCCGGCUGCAGGAUCGUCGCGGAUUAUCCCGCGGAUCGGGACUCGCUCUAUCGUGCUCUCACCCUCAGUACCGUCGACGGUCUCAAGACGGUCGAAGACGAUAAAAUCAGCGUCGAUCGGGGCAAAUAUACUGUACAUGUGUUGAUUGGAGAACUUCAUUACGCUUGUCUGACAUCGAAAUCAAAUUGUCAAUCCUCAGCAAUACAACUGGAAUCUUGCUCUCAAAUAUUUCUGCAGAGGCUACGGAGCGUUUAUAGAGAAUUACCAAUAUUGGCGGAUUUAUCGAGAGAUCUGACUAAUCUCGCGGUGGCUGAUCUCUCGAAACCUUUAAAAAAGAUAAUUGAGGAAUAUAAUCGUCAAGAUGUCGAUUCUAAAAAUCUGAUCUCAAAGUUAGAGGAAGAAUUGGUCGAGGUACGUCAUUUACUGAUGGAUGGAGUUCAAAAGUUGAUCGAUAGGGGCGAGAGACUGGAUGAACUCGUUCGAAAGACGCAGAGCCUCGAAAUUUCGUCCCGGGACUUUCACGUAGUAUCAAGGAUUCCGCAAAAGAAAAAAAAGAACGUUUUCCUAGCAGUCGGAGGAGCAAUCUUGAUGUUCAUAUCGACUUCGCUCUUAAUUCUGAUAUACAUAGGAAUAUUAAUUACUGGCCAGAUAAAUAGAAUUAUUUCUGUCUAUUUGAGAAUAAUGUCAAUAUUAUGAACGGAUUGUUUCUUUUGAUUUACUUUCAUUCUACAUUGUAUAUUCUCUGUAGUAUCUAUCUAUUUGUAAGUAUGAAUGACAAUGUGUAAGAGAGAG